AUAAUAAAGUGGACCUCAAAGUCCAAUCCAAUUCGCUUUAUUUUUUAUCUUCCCCAAUCUUAUCUCUUCCAGAGUCCCAAGAACCAACCCCAAAAAAGUCCAAUUAGGUUUCUCGGGUUGAAGCCCAAUUCUCUCUCUCUCUCUCUCUCCGUCUCCUCGCUCCCCCUCUCUCCUCCUCCCUGCGAAACCCUAGAUCGCACACAGUUGCAGAGAUCUGAAGGUCGUCGUAAACACACACAGAUCGUGUUCGCCUCUGUGUCUCUCGCACAAUCACCGGUGGUUCGCGAAUUUUAUAAUUUCAUAAAUUCCCACAAUUGGCCUUGUUGCAUAAAGGGAAUUCAUUUCUCGAAACAUGAUGGAAAUUCAUUCUGAGAACAAUGAGCUGGUCCUCGCAGAAGCACAGCCCGACAUCCCCACUGAGAAUAAUGAACUGGUCAUCCCAGAGACGCAGCCCAAUAAGCGUAGGAAAAAGAAGUCGAUAGUUUGGGAACACUUCACUAUUGAAACUGUAGGUGCUGGCUGUAGAAGAGCAUGCUGUAAGAAGUGUAAGCAAUCAUUUGCUUACAGUACAGGUUCAAAAGUAGCAGGUACGAGUCAUCUCAAACGCCACAUUGCCAAAGGCACCUGCUUUCUCCUGCGUAACCAGGAGAAGAAUCAAUUAAGCCCAUACAGUGCACCUUCAAAGAUGGGUGGAAUUAUGGGUACUGAUACUCCAAAACGGCGCUACAGAAUGUCUGGUUCCCCUUACUUUGCAUUUGAUUCGGACCGUUGCCGCCACGAGAUUUCUAGGAUGAUCAUCAUGCAUGACUACCCCCUUCACAUGGUUGAGCAUCCUGGCUUUGUUGCUUUUGUGCAGAAUCUUCAACCCCGAUUUGAUAUGGUGAGCUUCAACACCGUUCAAGGUGAUUGUGUGGCAACUUACCUUCGGGAAAAGCAAAGCCUUCAGAAAGUGAUCGAGGCGAUGCCAGGGCGAAUCUCCCUUACACUGGAGUUGUGGACUUCAAGUCGAACUGUAGGCUAUGUGUUUCUGACCGGUCACUUUAUUGAUAGUGAUUGGAAGUUGCAUAGGAAAAUUCUCAAUGUCGUAAUGGAACCAUAUCCUGAUUCAGAUGCAGCUUUCAGUCAUGCUGUUGCUGCUUGCCUCUCUGAUUGGAGUAUGGAGGGCAGGUUAUUUUCCCUCACUAUAAAUCAAACACUGAGUGAAACUGCUAUUGAUAAUCUUAGAGCUCUGCUCUCUGUCAAAAACCCACUCAUGCUCAAUGGUCAAUUGUUGGUUGGGAAUUGUCUUGCUCGUACUUUAAGCAGCAUUGCCCUGGAUGCAUUAGGUGCAGCACAUGGAACUGUCAAAAAAAUCAGGGAUAGCGUUAAGUAUGUGAAAACUUCUGAGUCCCAUGAAGAAAAAUUUCUCGAGCUCAAGCAUCAACUUCAAGUGCCUAGCACAAAGAGCCUAGCUCUGGAUGACAAAAGCCAAUGGAACACAACAUACGAAAUGUUGUUGGCUGCUUCUGAGUUGAAGGAAGUUUUUUCUUGCUUGGAUACUUCUGAUCCCGAUUACAAAGAAGCUCCGUCCAUGGAAGAUUGGAAGCAAGUUGAGAUUCUCUGCACAUUCUUGAAGCUCCUUCUUGACACUGCUAACCUCCUAACCAGCACAACUAGUCCAACUACUAACACGUUCUUCCAUGAAGCAUGGAAGAUUCAACUGGAACUGGCUCGUGCUGUCACAAGUGAAGAUCCCUUUAUCAGCAACUUUACUAAACCAAUGCAAGAAAAAUUUGACAAAUACUGGAAGGACUGUUGCCUGGUUUUAGCAAUUGCUGUUGUUAUGGAUCCCAGGUUCAAGAUGAAGCUUGUAGAAUUUAGUUUCUCGAAAAUAUAUGGUGAUGAUGCUGCUACAUACAUUAAGAUGGUUGACGAGGGAAUACAUGAGCUCUUCCUUGAAUAUGUGGCACUUCCUCUGCCGCUAACCCCAACUUAUGUGGAAGAAGCAAAUGGUGGAACUGUCAAGUCAGGGGAUCCAGGUAUCGGUGCUGAUGGUCUUGGGCUCACCGACUUUGACGUCUACAUCAUGGAGACUACUAGCCAGCAAUCCAGGUCAGAGUUGGAUCAGUAUUUGGAGGAAUCCUUGUUGCCUCGGGUCCAUGAGUUUGAUGUCAUAGGCUGGUGGAAACUGAACAAGCUCAAGUACCCGACGCUCUCAAAGAUGGCUCGUGAUAUUUUGUCAGUUCCAGUAUCUACUGUUGCCCCUGACUCGGUGUUCGAUACCACUAACAAAGAGAUGGACCGCUACCGGUGCUCUUUACGACCAGAGACUCUGGAGGCCCUUAUAUGUGCUAAAGAUUGGCUUCAUUGCGGUCCAGUAGAAAUGUCAAAUGCUCUUGUGAAAAUGGAAUUUCCUAUCUAGGUUCAGUGUUCUUCAUUUUCUUGUCAUUUGUCUAUUAUUAUGGUAGUUGUCUGUGAUGGUAGUAGGUUGUCUUUUACUCCUAAAACUGUAACUCAAUUCUCCUUAUUGCAUUCUGCCAUUAGAUGUUCUGUAGGCAGGCAUUGUACCAUUCUACGGAUUUAUUUUGAUGCAUGGACGUUAGAAUUUA